GGUAAGAGACCUGUAGUUUCACGGGGAGACCCUUUUGCCGAGGAUGUCUUAGGAGGGGAUUUGCCUAGAAACUUCAAGGAGUUGAGCUUGUCCUAUGAUGGAUCGGCGGACCCAGCUAGGCAUUUGAGAUCGUUUGACAACAUAGCUGUGUUGCACAGGUAUAGUGACGCUAUAAGUUGCCGAGCCUUCUUGACAACGCUGAAGGGGUCGACGCAGGAUUGGUUCCACCAGCUGCCGGCGGGGUCUAUCGAUAGCUUCGAAAAGUUUAGUUCUUUGUUUCUGAAUCAGUUCGCGAGCGCCAGGAAGCACGAGAAGACGUAUCUCUUACUAAUCAAUAUGCAGCAGAAGGAGGGGGAGACCUUGCGGCAAUAUGUAGCGCGGUAUACCAAAGAGUGCGUGGAGGUUCCCUCUGCCUUGGAAGAGAUCAAAGUUGGAGGCCUUACGCGGGGGUUGAGGCCGGGGAAAUGCAGAGAUUCGUUGGCGAAGAGGCCGGCGAGGUCCUUUGACGAGUUACUUGAGAGGUGUAGCAAAUAUGUGAACAUGGAGGAAUCGGAGGCGGACUUCAUCCGAAAUGACAAAACAAAGGCCAAACAGGUAAACGAGAGGCCUCGACAGGGUGAUCGGCGAGCUCCCCCUAAGGAGGCUAAGGUCGAGGAUCGAUUUAGGGGUCCAAG